AUGGAUUCAGCACAGGAAAUCUACAAUCAUGUUGUUGAUGAAGAGGACUUGGAUGAGUACUACCUACAACUACUUGAAGAGAUGGUGCCCAACUUUGACACUCAAAUCUCCUUUGAACCAGAAUCUGAUACAGAACAACAAAACAAAAAAAUUAAACCUGAGAUGAAACAUGACAACAGAAGGAAAGCUAUAGAUGAAUUGUUAGUUAUGGAAGAGAAAGGAACAUUACCAUAUGGUUCUAUGAAGAAGACAGCACAGAAGUACGGUGUUUCAAGAUACGCAAUAGAGAGAUUAUGGAAAAGAGCAUGCAAACAAAGAGCUAAGGGUGAUGUCAUUGAUGUUAGGUCAAGAAAAAAGAGAACUGUGGGGAGGAGAGCAAAGGAAUAUACUGAGGAGUUUCUCCAAUCUGUGCCCCUAAAUUUACGCACUUUAGUUAGAUGCUUUGCAGGGGCACUGAAAGUGUCUCCUUCAGCAGUUUAUAGACUGCUCAAAAAGGGGAAGCUCAUAAUCCAUACAAGUCGUAACCGUCCAAGUUUGACAGAGACUCACAAAUUGGAGAGAAUGAAGUGGGUGCUAUCCCACAUUCUACCUGGCACACCCACUGAACAAGCACAUUUUAUAGACAUGGAGAACAUAAUAAACAUUAACGAGAAAUGGUUCUACUUGAACCCAGAUACACGGAGAUUUUAUUUAUUGCCAAGGGAACAUGAUCCAUAUAGAUGUUGCCAAUCAAAGAGAUUCAAGAUUAAAGCCAUGUUUAUGGGGGUGACAUCAAAACCAAUUUAUGAUGCUCAAGGUAGUCUGAUUCAUGAUGGCAAGUUUGGUAUCUUUCCUUUUGUAGAGAGGGUGACAGCAAAAAAGAAUAGCAAAAUUAGAGAUGAGGGAACUAUAGAAACCAAGGCUGUUGAGAAGAUCACUCAGAAGGUCAUCAGGGACAUGAUUAUACAGCAUGUACUCCCAGCUAUAAUGAGUAAAUGGCCUGCUGGUCUGUCCAAGGAAAUAUUCAUCCAACAGGACAAUGCUAGGCCUCAUAUACAAGGAAAUGAUGAGACAUUCAAGGCAGCAGCCACUCAGAAUGGGUUCAACAUCAAGCUCAUUCAACAGUCAGCUCAGUCGUCCCUAGAUUUAAAUGUUCUUGAUUUAGGGUUUUUUAGAGCCAUACAAGCUUUAAUGUAUCAAACUUUUCCUAAGAACAUAGAUGAGCUCAUUGAAAAUGUGCAAGAUUGGAUUAUAGUUGAGAUUCUAAAGGUUAAAGGAGGUAAUAAUUACAAGAACCCUCAUCAUGGAAAAGCAAGAUUAGAAAGGUUGGGUCUUCUCCCCAAAAAUGUCCAAUGUGAUCAAGUUAUUGUGGAUGAAGCUGUGCAAUAUUUGAAUGAUAAGUUACCAAAUGAAAGUGAAGAACUUGAGUACUUUGACAAUGAGGGGGUUAUUGAUAAAGAGUAA